UAACUUCCGUUAUCAGUCAAAUUAAAAGCCUAUUUCCUUCGCGCUAAAAUACAUUGUUUUCGUGCAAUUUGGGUAGAUAAAUGUUUCCUGUCAUCAUCUGAUUUGUAUAAACUUGGACUAAAUACUUGUUUCGUAUUUUUUAAUAAUUUUUUUUCGUCGCUGCUCAAUUUGCUAACAGCCUUUUUUGUUUUUUUCUAACUGCCUUUUUUUUUCUGCUAACGAAAAGAUGGCGGAGGAGGAGAAGAGUGGAGAGCCUGUAAAAGAGAAAAACGAGCUGCAAAUGUUGACGGAGCUGGUGGAUGACCUGUAUAAUUUCAGAGAACACUAUUUUGAGACUCACAGUGUGGAGGACGCUGGGAGGAAACAAAAUGAUGUCGCACAGGAGAUGGAAAAGACACUGAAGAAGCUGGAGGAAAAAGAAGAUCAGUUAAAACACAAAGUAGAGUUCCUGCUGCAGAAGGGCAGGUGCCUGAACGUGUCACCUGACUUCAACGCCGUCGCCGAAGAGUGCCUUUCCCGCGCCGUGAAGCUGGAGCCCGGCCUGGUGGAGGGCUGGAACACACUGGGGGAGCAGUACUGGAAGAAGGGAGACCUGACUGGGGCCAAGAACUGCUUCACAGGAGCCUUGCAACAGAGUCGGAACAAAGUGUCGCUACGCAACCUGUCGAUGGUUCUGAGACAGGUGCCGACGGUGAACAGCGACGUACACAACAAGCACGUGAUGGACAGCGUGGUCCUGGCCCGAGAAGCGGUCCAGCUGGACGUCACUGACGGAACCUCCUGGUACAUCCUGGGAAAUGCCAAUGUGUCCCUGUUUUUCACCAGCGGACAGAAGCCACAGUUGUCUCAACAAGCUAUGAGUGCCUAUGCACAAUCGGAGAAAGUGGACAGAGCUGCCUCGUGUUAUCCUGAGCUGCAUUACAACCGCGCCACUCUCUUCCAGUACGAGGAGAUGUUCGGGUCUGCGCUGGACGGAUACACCCGAGCAGCGGCGCUGGACCCGGGCUGGGAGGAUGCUCGGGUGAGAGAGAAGCAGCUGCUGGAGUAUCUGCGGAAAGUCACAGAACUCAUACAGAACAAGGGGAAGGUGAAGGCGCGCAGGUUAAGGACGAUGCUCUCUAACCUCCACACGUCGGCGCUGGGCCCCUGCUCCUCGCCUCAGUUCCAAUCCCCGACGGGUCGCGUCGGCAGCCUGGAGCCCCGGACUCUUUCCUCCCUCGCGCACGGUCACAACGCCGGGGUGGCCGCCCUGGGGAAGGUGGUGUUCAGCCUGGCUUCUGAGGGUCGCAUGGCCUUUACGUUUGGCAUGGUGGACAGCGAGGAGUCGUGCAUCGUGGUGAUGGUGUACAACACAGCAAACAGUUGGGGCGUCCUGAUUGGAGACACUGUAGUCAUUCCUGAACCGCUGCUCAAACGAAACGGCAUAACUCAUAAAGAUGAGUCGUUUGACUUCAGAAGUAUCCGAGUGGACUCUCCGCUGCUCCUCAUCGUCAACGGCAAGAAACAAAACGUCCAAAGUCAGAUCGCCGCCUCCGUGAGCUACACGCGCCAGAGCGAAUGAGAUGCACCCGCAGCAGGAAGUGCAGCAAGAGGACCAAUCGGUUUUUUUCUGGAUUUUUGAAGUUCUGAUGAUUGUGGACGUGUUAAUAUUCCAAAGUUCGUGCCUGUUUUAUGUGUUGUUUUGUAAAUAGAGGUCACCCUGUUACUUUGUCUUUAGAUAGACACUUUGUUUAUAUUUAUAAAUAUUCUUUUUUUUGUACUCUCUUGUUGUGGAGACAACACGGAGAUCUUUUUUUGUAAAUGAAUUAACAUUUGAUGAUUGUUAUGAUGUCAGACUUAUGACUUUACCCUGAGCAAAUCAUUUUACCGUUCAUAUGUUGUUUACGUGUUGUUUUAAAACAGCAUCAGAGUCCCCAAAAAUGUAUGUAAAGAAAUAAUUGAC